CAAAGCGACUCAAUUCUUCGAGCCAGAGCAGUAGGCGAAGCCAGACUUGACGGCCGAGGCAGGCGCUCUCCAAUCUGUCUUCCAAUGCUGUAAAUGCACGGGCAGGAUCCUUGACAUCUUAUAUGACAGCGCCAAACCCUUUGCGUCGCAAUCUUCCCACACCAGCAGCCUUGAUCGGCAAGCGAUGGUCAAUCAGCUCGACUUUUCACUGCCGACAACAGAUUCAUUGCCCGUGCUGGAUGAUACACAGCCUAGUCAAGCGAUGCAGAUGAGUAGCCUUAAUCGGCUGACGAUGAUGGCUCAGCUUCAGCGCUCGCAAUCUUCACUUUCCGCAAAGGCGCAAACACAACAGCCGUCGCCAACGCUUCAUGCUCCAACACCGGCGCUUGAGCUCUACAAUGAUGUGCAGCAGCUGACAGGUGAACAGCAGCAUUUUUCUACUACGCUGCAAUGUAGACGCUUUCCCGGUCUUUUCAAUGCAGAAGAAAGGCAUAUGUCGCAACUCUGAGUUUGCGAAAAGCUUAGCAAUAUAAUCUACAGAUAGCACGCUUUUGAGCUGACCUAGUGCCUCAGAGCAGAUACCUUGAACCACAACUCCAGCAAAGCCGACAACAAUCUACUUGCAAAGCGGACGCGGGUAGAAUAUCGGCAAAGGUAUGGUAUGAGGGAAAAUGCGAGUGGCGCUGGCAGGCCAAUUUGUGGGCGCAAGAUG